AUGUUCGAGCACAGACAAAGCUCGCAAAAGCCGAGCAUCGAAUUGCAGAAGAGCUUCAAGCCGUACCUCGAGGCCGUCAAGUUCAACCCCAGUCACUCGCAGUCCCACGCCAAUGCCCCGUCGCUGAAUGCCCUCGACGUCGCAACCCUGAACCCUCGCUCCUCGUUCAACACGUUUGCGAACCAAAUGCCAGGCUACUACACCCCUACUCCUGGUGGUACAAACACCCUCUACCACCCACAAGCAGGUGACCUCCAUACGCCAAGUUUUGGUCUGGGUUUGAACACUCCGCUGUCCAUGCCCACCUCGGACACGUCGGCCCUUCAUGCUCCUCAGCUUGCCCACAUGCAUUCGUUCGCACAUGCAAUGCAGCACCAUCAACACAUGAACCCAUUCGGAAACCCUCACGCAUUUCAAAUGCACCACCAACACACCUUCCCGCCUCAGAACUUCCAACAUCAAGCUCCCGUCUUUGACCAACUCGACAGCCAAGCUGCUGACUCGCCCAUGUGUGGUGGUGAUAUGAACCUUGAUGUCGAAAUGUCCAACCAGGCUCAAGUCGACCCCAUGUUCCCUUCCCACCUCAGCAACGCUGCACUCGUCGCUCUCCCUCAGCAUCCAUCGAGCGAGAAUUUCCGCUACCGUGUUACCCUCAACGCGCCGACUGCUAUGGUCAAGACCGCCGACGAGAUUCCCGUCACUUACCUCAACAAAGGACAGGCUUACACGCUCAACGUUCACGAUACUGCUCCCCAGCACUCUGUCGUCGGCCAACUCAAAUACCGUACCUUUGUCCGCGUGUCUUUUGAAGAGGACUCGCAGAGAGCGCGACCUGGAGCCUGCUGGCAGCUCUGGAAGGAAGGCCGUGGUACCAACGAAGCUCACCAACGCGGCGGACGCCUCCAAGCUGUCGAGUUCGUUGAUCAGAACCAUUCCAACGACCUCAACCGACCCAAGCUGGAACUCGAAUCUUCUUCGUUUGACGGUUUCUGUGUGACCUGGAGCCCGUCGCCUAAUGCUCAGGGCAUCGAGUGCCCUAUCUCUGUUCGCUUCAACUUCUUGUCAACCGAUUUCAGUCACUCGAAGGGUGUUAAAGGCAUUCCAGUCCGUCUGUGCACAAAGACCGAGCUACUGCUCGACUCCAUGUCGCCUUCUCAACAGCCCGCUCACGAAGUGUGCUAUUGUAGAGUCAAGCUUUUCCGUGACCACGGUGCCGAACGCAAACUCUCCAACGAUGUCGCCCACGUCAAGAAAAUGAUCGACAAGCUUAACCAGCAGAUCUCACAAAUCGAAUCCGGUAUGAGGGAUUCGAGCAAGCGCAAGAGAAGUGGCUCCAUCUCCAAGGUCAAUGCAAUGCCUGCGCGACCAGGCAAGGCGCCCAAGCACAAGAGAACUUGGUCCAUGUCUUCCGCAGCCUCGAGUGGAAGAACCUCUGCAGAAGAAGACCUGCAAACGAAGCUCAUUGCGCUGCAAGACAUGUUCGGCUCUACGCGUCCCAUCAGUGUUCUGUUCUUGAGAGGCGAAGCGCAAGACGAUCCGGACCUUCACCCGGUUAGCUUGUCCGGAGACACUCAGGGCCUGACUAGAGUUGACACCAACGACACAAACAUGUGGGAUGGUCAAAGCAAGACCAGCUCCGCCAUGGUUUCUCCCACUCCAAGCAACCAAUCGCUUCCUUCAAACUUCCGUCGUCCUAGCGCUUUCGGACCUCCGUCUCGCGUUAACUCGAAUGAGUGGGCGCGUAGCAACUCUCAAGUCGCGCCUAUGGAUCUCAAGUCUUCUAACCCCCAGCACCUGGCCAGCCCACCUGACCAACCAGUCAAGAUGCAAGCUCACUCGCCAAACAGCGGUACUUUUGCUGGCUGGUUCGAAGCAAUUGGCGUAGACUCCUCCUACCAACCUCCUCCUGAGCGCUCGAACAAGCCUGAUAACUACUACCGAGCGAUCUACCUUCUGCAAAGGAACCUCAACGAGUUCAUUAGUGCAGCUGCCGCAAAAUUCGGUGUUGAGCCUCAGAAGAUUGUGCGAACUGUUCGCAUGACCCAAAAAGGAACCCAAAUCCUCAUGGAUGACGAAGCAAUUCGCGAAUUACCUGAGGGUCAAGAUAUGAAGGCCGAAUUUGCAACCGUCGACGUUCAACAGGGCCAGUGGCAAUCCGGAUCGCCCUCCUCAGGAUACGAGCUCAGACUGGUUUACUAA